GAGUUUGUCGCGGGAUCGUGUUUUCGAUUUUGGUGUCGACGAGAACGGCGGCAAUCGGGACUUUCUCCGUCGUGUGCUGUUCAUAGCAAAGCUUUCCCGUCCGCCUUAGAGGUCCAUUGAGUCCCAUCGUUAGCCACUUUCAGUUUCCUUCCGUCACAUAGCUAUGCCUCUCCGGUUGGAUAUAAAGCGAAAGCUAUCAAGUCGAUCCGACCGAGUAAAGUCAGUCGACUUUCAUCCAACGGAACCUUGGCUUCUUGCGGCCCUGUACAACGGUACAGUGUAUAUAUGGAACCAUGAGAACCAGAACCUCGUGAAAACUUUUGAAAUAACGGACCUUCCUGUCCGAGCGGCCAGAUUCAUUGCGCGCAAAUCAUGGUUGAUUGCUGGUUCCGAUGAUAUGCAGGUUCGCGUCUUCAACUACAAUACCCAUGAAAAAGUGACGGCAUUCGAGGCACAUCAAGAUUACAUCCGCAACAUCGCCGUGCAUCCAACGCAACCUUACGUGCUGACUUGCUCGGAUGAUAUGCUGAUCAAAUUGUGGGAUUGGGAGAAGGGAUGGCGAAAUAUCAUGGUGUUCGAAGGACACACACACUAUGUCAUGCAAGUCAACUUCAACCCAAAGGACGGGAAUACGUUUGCCAGUGCGUCGCUUGAUCGCACAGUCAAGGUCUGGUCACUUGGAUCAAGUGUACCAAAUUAUACAUUAGAAGGCCACGAGAAGGGCGUCAACUGUGUGGAUUAUUACCAUGGAGGAGACAAGCCUUAUCUUAUAACUGGUGCUGAUGACAAACUAGUCAAGGUUUGGGAUUACCAAAACAAGACUUGUGUCCAGACCUUGGAGGGGCAUACUCAGAAUGUCACCGUCGCUUGCUUCCAUCCGGAACUUCCCAUCAUUAUCACUGCCAGUGAAGAUGGUACUGUACGUCUUUGGCAUGCCAAUACAUACCGCCUGGAAAACACCCUCAACUAUGGAAUGGAACGGGCGUGGGCUGUGGCUUAUUCCCGUGGCAGCAACGAUGUCGCCUUUGGAUAUGACGAGGGAACCAUUGCCAUCAAGCUUGGGCGGGAAGAGCCAGCAGUGAGCAUGGACAAUGGAGGAAAGAUCAUUUGGGCACGUCACAGUGAAAUUCUAACGGCGAACGUUAAAGCGAGUGUGGACGAAAGCAUAAAGGACGGCGAACGGAUUAGCCUUGCAACCAAGGAACUGGGAAGCUGUGAGAUCUACCCGCAGAUGCUGCAGCACAGUCCGAAUGGCCGCUUCGUUGUGGUGUGCGGGGAUGGCGAGUAUAUUAUCUACACUGCACUGGCAUGGCGAAACAAGAGCUUUGGAAGCGCCUUGGAGUUUGUUUGGGCAUUGGAUUCCAAUGAGUACGCUAUCCGCGAAUCCUCGUCAAAGGUCAAAGUCUUUAAGAACUUCAAGGAAAAGACCGAUGUGGUUAUCAGACCCACAUAUAGUGCGGAAGGAAUUUACGGCGGAGCGCUCCUCGGUAUUCGUGGUAGCAACUUCCUGAACUUCUAUGACUGGGAGACUGGUGUGUGCGUGCGUAGGGUUGAUGUGGUUGCACGGAAUGUAUAUUGGUCCGAAUCAGACUUGGUAGCGAUUGUCUGUGAUGACACGACCUACGUUCUCAAGUUCAACCGAAUUGCAUACCAGCAAUACGUGGAAAGGCACGGAGCUAACACGGUUGGCGAGGAAGGAAUUGAGGAGGCGGUGGAGUUUGUUACCGAGAUCGCAGAAAGCGUGAAGACGGGAUGUUGGGUUGGCGAUAGCUUUAUAUACACGAACUCGGCCAACCGGCUGAACUACCUGGUUGGAGGACAAACGUCUACUCUUGCCCAUUUUGACACGACUAUGUACGUCCUCGGUUACAUCAACCGAGUGUACCUGUCGGAUAAGGACCUCAACGUGUCGAGCUACGCCCUUCCCAUCACGCUUAUUCAAUACCAAACCGCUGUCCUACGAGGUGAUUUGGCAACGGCGGAUAGCUUACUGCCAAGUGUUCCAGCAGAUCAAAGAAAUCGGGUGGCCAAGUUUUUGGAGAGCCAGAAUAUGAAGGAGCAAGCUCUGGCUGUGACGGCGGAUCCAGAGCACCGAUUCGAUCUUGCUAUUCAGCUUCAAAAGCUGGAUGUAGCUCAUGAAGUUGCUCAGUCUCUCGAUCAGGCGGACAAGUGGAAGACUGUCGGAGACAAGGCCUUGGAAAUGUGGCAGUUUGGAUUGGCAGAAGAUUGUCUCAAGAACGCAAAGGACUUUGAGGGCUUGUUGCUAAUGUACCAGGCAGCAGGAAACAGUCAAGGUCUAGCACAACUUGCCGAGCUCGCGGUAGAGCAGGGCAGGAACAAUAUCGCUUUCAUGUCAUAUUUGCUUCGCGGAGACAUUGAGCAAUGCAUUGACCUCUUGACGUCCACGGAUCGUAUCCCUGAAGCUGCAUUGUUGGCGCGUACCUACAUGCCGAGUCAAGUACCCCGUGUUGUCAAUCUUCUGCGCCAGUCUCUCAUAAAGGACAACAAGGCCAAGGUUGCAGAAGCGAUAGCAGGACCCACUGAAAAUGAGGAACUGUUCCCAGACUUCAAGUAUGGUCUGUUUGCUGAGGAGGGAUUCAAACGGCGACGGGAGAAGGGACCAGUGCCUGCGACGGAAUAUUUAGAAUGGAAGGACAGUUUGGAGUGGGACGUGGUCGGCCAACUGAAGGAACGAUUCCCUGACGGUCCACCAGAGUUGCAACCUGAGGUGAAUGGAGAUAACCGUGGAGGACCACGUGUUCGAUUGAACCUGGAGGAAGGCCAUAUUCCUGGUGAUGAAGAGACCAGAUCGUUCACCUCUGACGAACGGUUCGACGCAAUAUCCGACAACAUGAGCCAUAUGAGUCUGGAAGUAAACACUACAGGCACGGGGUCACUACGGGGAGACUUGGAUUUUGAUGACCUGGCAUCGUUCCCUGAUGCCGGAAGUGUUGGAGACCUCAAUCCAGAAGAUGAAGAUAUUGACAAAUUUCUAGCCUCUACAUCAGGAUCUGUCUAAAAUUGUAAUAUGAAACAUCUUAUACAUUUGUUGCUGCGAUAACUGCGAACCUUGCUUCACGUGCGUGAAAUAAAUAAAUAGAUUGCAGGAAAGGCACCCCGA